AUGUCGAUAACUUUAAUCGAAAAUUUAUCAAAUGAAUUUUUCUUUGAAAUAUUUGAAUAUCUUGAUGGUUAUGAAAUUUAUCAAACAUUUUCAAAUCUUAAUCAUCGUUUUCAACAAUUAAUUAAUUCUUCAUCUCUUCUAUUGAAAUUUAAUUAUCAUUAUUUAACAACAUCUGAUAAGAUUCAUAUGAAUAAUUUUAAACAAUUUUUAUUUAAUCAUAAACAUCAAAUAGUUUCAUUUUAUAUACAAAAAAAUGAAUUUUUUUCAUCAUUUUCAAUUGAUUCAUCAUUUCAUCAUCUUCAAUUACUUGUUAUUGAAAAAAUUCCACUAACUUCACUUAUUUCACUUAUUAAUUUAUCUUCAUUACCUCAUUUAACCUCAUUAAUAAUUUAUAUACAAUAUGCAGUUCGUGAUUUAAGUGAAGUUUAUCGAUUAAUAUUCACUUUACCAAAAUUAAAAUAUAUUAAAUGUUCAGCAAACGAACAUUUUACAUCUAUCUCAUUAGCAAUUGCUAAUUAUGGACAAUUUAGUACUAUUAAAUAUCUUGUUAUUAAUCAUGAAUGUGCAUUUAAUACACUUUGUAUUUUAAUAUCUUAUACACCACAACUUUACCAUUUAAGUUUAAUGAAUUUAUCUGAAAAUGAUUCAGAUGAUGAAAUUGUAUUACCAAUUAGUUGUUCUAAUUUAACAUAUCUUUCAAUAAAAAAGUGUUCAAUAACAUUUGAUGAAUUGAAAACUUUCAUUAUAAAUACAAAAUGUAAUUUAAAAUUUUUACGUAUUAUUAGUGAAUCUGAUUAUAAUGAUUAUAUUAAUGAUGAACAAUGGGAAGAAUUGAUUGUUAAUUAUUUAUCUAAAUUAGAAAAAUUUUAUGUAGAAUAUCAUCAAGAUAUUGAUCCUGAAUCAGAAUCUUUAGCAAAUUUUCAACCACCUGAUCAAUUUAAUUCAUUAUUUUGGAAUCAACGAAAAUGGAUAUUAGAUAUCGAAAUGAAUGGUAUGGAAUAUAUUUAUUCGAUUCAUUCAUAUAAAGGAAGAUGGUAUGAUAUCGAUCCUGUUAAUGAGAUUUCAAAUUCUACUCGACUUAAAAUUACAAAUCUUCCUGAUGAUGAUAAUGAUGAUCUUAUGAUGGUAUUAGAUUUAAUUAUUCGUGAUAUUUUAUCCAUCACACAAAUUUAUCAUUUGGAAAUUUUGGAAGAAAAUAUCUCUUCACAGAUAUUAUUGAAAACAAUCAAUAAAUUCUCUGCACUUGAUACAUUAAAGAUUUCUUCGUUGGAAUUAUCAGAAUCAAAUUAUUCAUUUAUUGAAAAUAAAUAUUCUCAUUUUAAAUCAAAGAAGAAUAAAAUUACAAAAAUUUAUUUAGAAAAAAUGAAUGAAAUUGAAGAAAUUUAUUUUCUUCUUAAACUUUGUCCUCAUAUAGAAUAUCUUAAAAUUGGUUUUGUGCAUAAUAUGGAUAUAGAAUUAUUUAUGAAAGAUAUUUUAAAGAAAAUUAAUAAUGUUUACAAUCAAUAUCUUCAGUCAUUAAGUCUUCAUAUUCCAACAGCAAAUGAUGAAAUGAUUGAAAAAUUAAAAGAAAUGAUCAAUCGUAAAAAACUUCUUCGUAAUUUUAGUAUUAAAUAUGUAAUUGAUAACAUCUAUUUACAAUGGAAAUAA